ACCAUUGACCGCGGAGGUAAUAUAAGAGUGACCAACCUACCGAAAGCACGGAUAACGGUUCUAGACACCAGCGCCACACGCUUCGAUACGGAUACUAUCAGAACUUAGGGAGUGACGUCAUCAAUGGCGGGUCUGCGUUGAAUUCUUUGGCGGUAGUUAGAAUGACUAUGUCUCCAUCAUAUGUAUGUAUAUAGGAUUUUCUAUAAGUUACCUUUAAAUAUAAUGUUAAUUAUAAAUAAUAACGCAUACGUCAUUUAAUUCGUACACGGUUACUGUUAGUUAUGGCUAACUAGGUUAAAGGUUACACGGGUGUUAAGAUGGACAGAAAUAUUGUAAGUCUAACCAGACGAGUUAAGGCGGCAUUGAAUAGUGAAUUUUACAUGGUAAACAAUGCCUGGUUACAAGACUGUGUUGAAUAUUAUGUCAAAGAGCAUGGUGACAAUGUGCCCCAGAAAAAGAUUCAGGAGUUCGUUGUGUCGCAGUGGCUGUUAAGUGACCUUCGUGAAAUCAAUAACGAUAACGGAUGUCUUCCUAAGAAUCUUAGUCAGCAGAAGCAUACCGUGUUAUCUAAUAAAUAUAUUUUACAGGUAGAUAAGAUGUACGACAUAUCGACGUCCAAGUAUUCUCAACUGCAGAAAAUUCGAAAUGUGUCGGUUGAAAAUAUAGAAGUAACGGCUGAAGAUAAAACACAAAACUGGCAACCUCAGAAAAAGAGAAUGCUGCAGUUAUUCCUUACAGAUGGCAUACAAGAUAUAACAGCAAUCGAAUAUAAGCAGAUUAGAUUUUUAAAGGAUAUGUUGUUGCCUGGGUAUAAAUUGAUGAUAAUCGGUCCAGUCACUUGUAGACGUGGGGUUCUGAUGUUGACGGAGGAAAACAUAAUGGACAUUGGCGGAGAAGUGGAACACUUGUUAAUACCAAAUGCACUGGAAAAUGUUUUAGCUCGUGCUUUAAAUUUGCAGGAGAAUCCUGAUCCUUACCAUACCAAGGAACAACAGGAUAGCGACGGUGACAUGUUUGAGGAUGACUUUGAUAUUGACUUAGAUGAAGUUACACGAAUCGAAGGCAGUACUUCAACAUCCACUACAUCACGGGAAACUACGUCCACAAAUACUAACCAAAGAAAUAGAAAUAACUCAACAGCAAAUUUGCGAGAACAAAAUGUUCCGACGAAGCCCUCGGGAAACAAGAAUAUUUUGGAUUCCCGGUCCUAUAAUUCUGUGCCUCGAAUUGAAGGAAAUAACGUCAAAUUUCCUGAUGAUGAUUUGAUCGAAAUGGUAGAUCAGAAUCAAAUUGGCAUGACUACAAGCACUUCAUCUACGUCAGUUGGGAGUACAUACAAGACAUCGUGUCCACAAGUAUCAAACUUUGUCUUAAAAAAUGUUGCGAAUGAAUUUCCCGAUGACGAUGAUGACUUCAUUGAAAUGAUAGAUGAAAACCAAGUCAAGACGUCUGUCUACGAGUUGAAUAAACCAAGUACAAGUAAACAUAAUACACUGACCUCGGCAACGGACUCCCCGCCUACCGAGUUUACAAAAUCUCGCAAAAUUAAUGAAGAUAUUGAUGAUGAGGACGAAUUAAUAAGGAUGAUAGACGAAAAUCAAAUCAGUUCAACUACAAAUCCGGGAAAUACAUCCACACGGAGUAAAGGGUGCACUUCCUCAAGUAACUCCAAAGCUGCGUUGAAGCCUCCUUCGAAAGUUACCGCAGUUCCAUGCGAUGACAUUGAAAUCGUUCAAGAGAAUCUUCCACCAUUAAAUACUGCCCACUAUAAACAAACUACUUUACAACUAGAAAGUAAGAAAAUACCAGAAAAAUCAUCUGGUGUUGAAUUUCCAGACGAUGACUUUGAUUUUGACAACAUUGUAUUAACGGCUCCACCAAAAUAUAACAGUCCAGCCAAAGAGGGCAGAAAAAAAAAAGAUGGUACAGUUCGAAAGGAAGAAGAGGCCUCUUUCUCCACUGGGGCGAAAAGACAGCUUCAGUUGCCUAACACAUCGAAAAGAAAAUUGGAAGAUACUUUUGUAGCUCAAAAGUCACCACGAUUAGAUAAGAACAAUGUGCACCAUAGUGGAACAUUGUCAUCCGUUGCAGGGAAUAAGAGGCCAGCGAUGUCUCCGCCAAUGUUACAACCGCACAAAGAACGAUGUGUUAAAGAAACACCAAAACUUAGUAAAAUUACUUCGAAAAUCACUGAUUUUACGGUCAAGUCGAGUCCAGGUGAAGCAGUACCAGCAAAGAUUUGUGAUUUCAUAUGUGAAAUAUUGUCAAAACCACCUAGUGACUCUGUCGAUUUAAUAAAGAUUAGGGGAAAAGUGACAACGUUAGGAAAGCUUACAAAGAAGGACUCAAAAUGGUACUUGGAAGGAACGAUAACCGAUGGUACAGCAAGUAUGGAUGUCAUUUUUGCAGAUGAGGUCAUCGGAGAAAUUCUUGGAUUCAGCGUACCAGAAUUUGCAUCAAAGAAGAAGUUGAUGAAAAAACAGCCGGAUAUAGAAGAGCAGAUGAGAAAGAGCUUCAGGGCUGCCGAAAGCAAGAUCAGGAAAAUGGACACUUUGCUAGAAGUCGCAAUUGUACGAGAUGCUAAACCGAAGAUCGUUAAAAUACUGGAUAUGACCGAAGAACAGAAACAAGCGGUCGAUAAAAGAAUAAAAAUGUUAUCCAUGUAACGACCCACGAUGCAAUUGCGCCUCUAAAUGUAAAUACUUCAUCCCUGUACCUGAAAAAAGGCGCAUUUAAUAUUUACUGUUUAAUUUCACUGUUAUGCGAAUGACUGCUCUGUUAGAAAAAAAAAAAAAAAAAAAUCGAAACGGACUAAAUUUUAAUGAGGAGAAUUUUUAAACGAGGGUCUUACGCGCGUUCUUGUACAUACAACGUGCUUGCGCUUUUCCUUACAGUUUUCGAUGCACCGUUUUGUAAAGAUAAAAAAAAAACACCGGAAAGUCGCGUCGAAACGUCCUUGACAGGAGUAACGAAAAUCUAAAUAGUGGAAUUAUUUAAGGUACAUUGCGAGAGGACCAUGCUUUACAUAAAAGGUAAAACGAUAAAUUGUCCACCGUUGGCGACGACAAGUCAUAUUGUAUAAUUGAACUGAAUCAAUUUCCCGAAUUCCUUCCAGAGUUGCCUAACCAAAGCACGAAGUCUCACGUCGAAAAGUUGUUCUCCGAAAUAGAAAACACUAUGAGGAAGAAUUUCUCUUCCGAGAGAGACAAUUCCUCCCCAUCAAGCGGAAACGAUUGCAAGGACAAAGUCUACACGAUGCUGUUGGUUCUCGACAUUUUCUUAAGACUCCACCGAAUGUUAAUUAACAUAAUAGGACUCCUCAAGUAAUCCCGAAU